AAUGCACCCCAGCACUAGCUAGCUUAGCUAAGCUAGUAUGUCGUGUGAGGUGUCCAGUCCAGGCUCCAGAAGUCCAUUACCUUUUUCUCUAUCUCGCCGGCCGGCCCGGCCCCUUCCUUCCUGCAGCUAAAACCAGUCCCUUCCCUUCACCGGCAGGCAAAUCUGCAUUCUAGCGCGAGAGGCCGGAUCGAUGGAUCUGCAUUACGGCGCCCGGGUGGGGAACGCGGUGGCUGUCGGCGAGGCGGCCUACAUUGCCGGCGCCGGGGCCGGGGCGGGAAUGGUGGACGUCGUGACGCGCGAGGCGGCGGCGCAGGCGCUGGGCACCGUGGUGCAGCUCCACUUCGACAAGACGGUGGAGAAGAAGCGCGCCGCCGACGCGCAGAAGCAGGAGCUCUGGCGCCUCUUCCUCGCCUUCUUCCUCUUCCUCGCCCUCGUCCUCUCCGCCGUCGCGGGCUCCCCUCCGGCCCGCCUCCAGUGCCGCCACCUCUGGGCGCCCGCGGGGCUCCUCUCCCUCGCGCACCUCGCCUUCUACGCUGCCGUCGCGCACCACCUCCGCUGCCUCAACGGGUUCCGCUACCAGCGCCGCUGCCACAAGCUCACGCUGGCGCUGGCCGCCGACAGGCUGCGGAUGCUCAAGUCCGGGGGAGACGUGGUGGCCGCCGCCGACGUGGAGGUGUCGUACCAGGAGCCGCCCGAGAGCUACCUCGCCAAGUUCAAGCGUAGCUGGGCCAUCCACUUCGCCUUCCUCAUCACCACCUUCGCAUUCUCCGUCGCCGCGGCAGUCGCGAUCCUCUGCUUCUAGAUAGCUGCCACUACUGUUCCGAUUCCGAUUAGUUGUGUUUAAUUUAAUUUACCUGCCAUCAGCUCGGAUCUCUAGGACAUGAGAUUGAGGUAUUGCUAAUGAUGUACAAGGAGAUGGACUAGAGGCUAAUUAGGCUUGUUACUUGUGUUUCAGAAUCUUCUUAAUUACGUACUAGAUGCUGUAGCCCUUCUGUCAGUGAGAACGAGAGGUCGAUUUGUGCUGUAGCAUCUCUUCCCUUCCUAUUUGCUUGCUGUACUGGUAUAAUAUAAUCACCCGUACUUUGUA